AUGGGAUCCAGCGGCUUCGACGCUGCCCUAGCCGUGUGCCCCGCCGCCGCCCAGGCCUACUCCAAGUACUGCGGUAUUGUAUCCGGAUGCACAAAUGCGAACCCAAGGGAAGGGUUGGCGGAUCUUUCACGAACUAUAGAUAAUAUGGAAGGAAUGAGGGAUGGAAUAUUUGGUGAUAUUCACAAGCUCAUGUCAGUUCUUGAGUUCGAUGAUGUGAGCCAAUUCAAUUCCUUCUAUGAUUUUGUCUUCUUCAUUUCUCGUGAAAAUGGCCAAAAGAAUAUUACUGUUCAGAAGGCUCUUGCAGCAUGGAGGAUAGUUCUUGUUGGAAGGUUCCGAUUGCUUGACCGGUGGUGUAACUUUGUUGAGAAGUACCAACGUCACAACAUUUCUGAGGACGCCUGGCAGCAGCUACUAGCUUUCAGCAGGUGUGUAAACGAGGAUCUGGAAGGUUAUGAUCCAAAAGGUGCUUGGCCUGUCAUAAUUGAUGAUUUUGUGGAGCACAUGCACAGAAUCUACCGCCCUAGUGACUGCUCCAGUGCAAUGGAAUCACAAUGCAGCAUUUCCAAUACAUUUAGAGAAUGUUCUUUGACAGGUCUAAAUCUAUUACCUGGAUCAAAGAGGAAAUGCCCUACUCAGUUUAACUCCAGUGAAGAGAGCGUAGAGCUCUCAGAAGCUCUCAGACACUCUGUCCAACUUACCCCGUCGAAGCGACUUAAGGAAAGUUCCGCGCCUACUAGAUAUGGGGUUUGGGAGCGAGACGCAGGUACCCCUUUCUUUAACAGCACACCAGAUUGUCGUGAGGACAUGAAUUUACACAACUCAAGAGGCUGCCUUCAGAACUCACCUCGUGUUAUUGAGGAUGGUUUUUCAAAAGGGUUCGAAGGUUGCAUUUCAAUGAAAUGCUCAUUUUAG